AUGAGAGCAAAAGACACUGCGAGGUUGAGCGUGAUCCGCUCCAUCAUCUCCGAGAUCAAUCGGCUAGAAAGCGGGCCCACACCCAUCAAGACAGAUCUACAAUUGUUGAACAUGCUGAACAAGCGCAAAGAAGCGUCGGCUACAGCAGCGAGGCAGUUUGCGGAGGCGAAGAGGGAAGAUCUGAAGGAAAAAGAGGAGGCACAGAUUUCGGUAUUGGACGAGUAUGCGGCGAGCGUGCAGGUCAUGUCGAAAGAGGAGAUGCUGCCUAUCAUUCGUGAGGUUGUCGCAGGGAUGGGCGAGGAUGGGAAGAGGCAGCCUCUUGUCAUGAAACAGCUCUUACAGCCUGGAGGUCCGUUGGAAGGUAAGCCGGUCGACAAGAAGGAGCUCGCAAAAGCGGUUCAGGAGGUUCUGGCAAGCGUGUAG